UUGUUGUCGGUAGCCGCCGCCGUCGUACUCUCUCGCGAGCGCCUCGCGCAUUACCGCUACGGUACGCUCGACGAUCAGUUCAGUCAGCUCGGCCGUACAAGCUCGUCGUCGUCUUCGUCUUCGUUGUCGCACUCGUCAUCGUCGUCGUAGUCGUCGUCGACCGGUGUUUUGAAUUUUGCCUCUGCUCGCUGAAAUCCAAUCGAAYUUUUUAAUUUUUUUUCUCAUGGGAUUAACAACGUGAAAUUUAUUCCACAUGCGUUUUCCGUCGUAUUUUUCGAUAACGUAAUAUUAUCCACACGGUAUAUACCAUAAUAACCGCUUUCGGCACCGUUAUUACAUAAUAUUUUCCGAGAGGAAGCUGUGAAGCACAUCGAGGAUCACGCGACCAGAGAUAUUGGCCUCUUGGUGGGCAUAUUCCGUUUGACUACGAUGUUACGCGCACGAACCGUGUAAGCCACACCAGACAGAAAUGUUUGCGCCCAACCGCGUCUCGGCCACGUGGACCCUCACGAUAUUGGCCGUGACCGUGAUGAUUCGGGCCCACUGCCCGUCAAAUUGCUCAUGCGACGACGACACGCUGGUGGUCCUAUGCAAAGAGGGAAACCUAGACGUGAUUCCGAUCACACUGAACCCGUCUAUCCAGAGAUUGAUGCUCAUGUACAACCGCAUUAAGAUCGUAGAUGCAUCUUUCCAGUUUUACGGUGCACUGCAGUAUGUGGAUAUAUCGCAUAACCACCUGGUAAACAUACCCAACAAAGGGUUUGAGGCCCAGGAGAAGCUCGUUGAGCUCCACCUGAAUCACAAUAAGAUCUCAUCAAUCAACAACAAAACGUUCAUCGGUUUAGCGUCGCUCACCAUUCUGAACCUGCGUGGCAACUAUCUAGAAGACCUACCCGAUCGGCUGUUUGCAGCGUUGCCCAAACUCGAGGAACUAGAUUUGGGCGCCAACCGCAUCACCCGAAUCGAUCCAGCCUCAUUCCAGGGCCUAACCAGACUCCGGGUGCUGUACUUAGAUGACAACCAGCUCCGAGCUAUACCCACACCCGCAUUCAAGUUCCUAGGAAAUCUGGCUGAGAUGCGCAUCGGCCUGAACGCGUUCACUACGCUGGACGACGACUGUUUUGCGGGACUCGGUAGGCUGUCCGUGCUCGAACUUACCGGCGCGGCAUUGAUCAACAUCAGUGCCAAUGCUUUCAAGGGCCUAACCGUGCUCAGGCGGCUGGUGCUGACGGACAACCGGCUGUCGGCUAUACCCACCAAACAGCUAUCUGACCUGAAUCGGUUGGAAGACCUGUGUGUAGGGCAAAACGACUUUGUUACGAUCGAACCAAAUGCGUUCAAAGGGCUAGUCAACUUGCGAUCGAUCGACGUAUCAGGCGCGUCCCAACUGUCUGUAAUUAAGAAGGGCGUGUUUAACGACAACCUCAACCUAGAAACGAUCAACUUUAGUAGCAACAAACAGCUAGCGACCAUUGAGAACGGUGCGUUCAUGGGGCUACCUAACCUCCGAAACCUGAUUAUGCGCAACAACGCAUUCACUUCGUUUGCCGAAGCGAUGGUCACUUGGCAAGAACUGCAGCAGAUCGACUUGACCGAGAACCCGCUGGUAUGCGAGUGUUCAGUGCUGUGGCUCAAGGAGUUGCUGGCUCGCCGCAACACGAGCCAUGUGAACUGCGCCAGCCCGGCACAGCUCAAAGACAAGCCACUGAACUCUCUCGGAUCCGAUGAUCUAUCGUGCGCAAAGUACUAUACUAGACAGCAAGCCAUUGUGGGUGCGGUGUUCGGAUGUACCGUGGCAUUCAUAGCGCUCAUGUUGUUGUUGGCGUACCGGUUCCGGAAGCGUCUGCACCAUUCCCUGAAGAAGACAUUCUGGAACAAGGAGACGGUGAACCGAAAGGACUUGGAAUACCAGAAGACAUUCUCAGACGACGAAUUUAUCGUACGUAACACAAACACCCAACAUCACACUGGUCCUCAUGGACAUCAACCACAACAACAGCAACCACACCAUCACCACCAUCAGCCCACACACCACAAUUUGCAGCAGCACAACCAGCACCAUGGUGGUGUUCAGCACCACAGUCAGCCCCAGCAGCACAAGCAGCAGCACCACCAUCUGCAGAAUUUUCAGCAGCACAUCCAGCAUCAGCAGCAUCAGCAUCAGCAUCAUGGCAAUGACCAUCACAUGAURAUGAUGAUGGCACCGGCACCACCACCCCCACCACCGCCUCCACUGCACCACGGCACGUACAGUCAUCACAAUCAACAUAUGUAUCAGCCACAGCAACCACGUCACCAGAACACGAUGCCGCACCGCAACGACAAGCCGAUACCGGUCACGGAACUGUAGCUAGAGCUUUUCGCCUCAACGCCGACGGGCGAGAGGCGAUACCAGGCCGCCGGAACGUCCGACGGUACUACUAGUGUCACCGGCUUUUCAUACAUUUCCGGCGAAAUCAGCAAAUACGGAGGCGGUGGCCAAACGUUAAACAACCGAACUCUACCACCACCCGGCUACCGCGUUUAUCAUCCACACUCUCUCCGUCGUUUUUGCGACUCUUAAGCCCAGCCACAAAUAACACGCACCUACGGACCCUGUUUUACUUGUCCCUCCUAACCUAAACGACCCUGAUCGCACCAAUAAAAUAAUCCAACGUACACGAUCCUGAUCCUCUCGCCAUCUUCCUCGACAUCAUACACCACCAGAAAACCACCAUCCCACCACCGACUCAAGUACUACGGAAGCUGUCGUCUCGAGUGUUCUGGAGGAUUGUGAGGCGGGUUAGAGUCUAAGAGAUUUUCGUAAACCAAUUACGCAUCUCACCGAUCGUGUGACAUGUAAAACACGCUUUUUGCAUCAUUGUGUAGGUACGUGUUGGUGUAUAAUGUAUACCGUUUGAUGAAAAUUCGAAAGAGUAAAGACUGUAGUCGUUGUGUUUCACGGGAUACGUUUCAUGAUCGAGUCCGGAAAAAUAUUCAAUAUAGAAAACCAACACCGUCGUGGUCGCCGUUAACGUAUCAACGCAUCAACAAGCAUCUGUGUUUGGAGAACGUUGGACACACACAUUCUGGAUUUAGUCAUAUAGUAUUAGUUAAAAAGAUAAAUUUAUAAGAAAAAAUUUAAGUUUUUUAAAAAAUAUGAUAUAAUCAUUUUAUUUUAUUUUUUAUAUUCUGCACGAACAUUCAUGUGAUCGACCCCUUGUAUGAGUCAGGCGUUCUUCAAUAAAUAAAUAAAGAUACUGUUGUUGUAAUCUAAAACCCAACGAUUUUUUUGUGCUAAUAAUGAUCAAUUUUAGAAAUCGUCACAAUUAUAUAAUAUGUAGCUGUCUAAUUUUUAUAAUAUUAUUAUUAUAC